AUGUCGUUCAAGGCAAACACAUCAAUUACGUGGAAUAAAUAUGGAUUGCAAUUACGAUGGCCUUAUAUUUGGAUAAUUAUACUUGGAUUGAUACUAAUAUUCCUUUGUUUAAGCAUAGCUGGUAUGGAAAUCGGUCAUACAAUUUUCGAUUUACGUCGAUCAACAGCCUUUGGAGGUUUUAUUGUUUUUAUUCCUCUAAUGAUCUGUGCUAUUUUCGUUUUGAUUACUGCAUGCAAGACACGUUUAAUUAUUCUUCGUAUUACUGUAAUAUUAUGUUGUAUUAUGAUUAUAUUAUGUAUGAUCUUAAUAGCUUAUGAUAUUCUUGUUCUUAUUGACCCAACUCGGUGUUUCUUUUUCAACUGUAAUGAUGCUUCAGUUGAUAUAUCUAAUUCAACACAUAAUAUAAUCAUAACUGGCUGGCCACUUUAUAUAACAUGGCCCGGUUAUUUUCAAACAAAUAUGAAUGCAAAACGUAUAUUUCAAAGUAUUCAAAUACUUUGUGCUGGCUUAUUUAUUUUAUUUGCAUCUUUAUAUAUAUUAACGUAUAUUAUUUAUAGACAUAUUAGAUUAAAUCAACAACUUAUUUCUAACACUGAUCGUCGUAUGUUUUCAACAAAUGAAACAAAAAGAGUAUUACCAACAAAUGAAACAAAAAGAGUAUUACCGACAAAUGAAACAAAUAGAGUAUUACCAACAAAUGAAACAAAUAGAGUAUUACCAACAAAAUAUUCCAAUAAUUUAUCUCAAUCAUAUCCACAAUAUAAUCCUCAUCAUCAAGUUACAACAUAUACGAUUGAAGGUCAACCAUACACAUCAGCACAAUCUCAUUAUUCAUCAGUAGCAGUACGACCUGCUACAACGACAACAACACCAAGAAAAACAGAAACCAAACCAUUUGUAGGACCAAACGUUAGUUCAAUUAACUAUGACCAAGUAUGUGCACGUUGUAAUCAAGAACCUCAAAUGAUAUUAACAACAAAUUAUGAACGAAAAAAUUUCUUUCCAUAUUUAUGCAUCAAUUGUAAUAAUGAAAUUGUAAAUCAUCGUCGAAAACCACCAUUUGUUCAAUCAAAAUAUAGACCCAUAUGGAGACCUUAA